AUGUUAAAGAUCCGUCAAAUUAAAAAGAAACAAGAUGAAGAGAAACUUGCCAAAUCACAAUCACCAACUCCAUCACCAAACUCUACGUCAGAUUCAAAAGUUACCCCAGCCCAAUUAAGAGUACAGAAAGAUAUAACUGAAUUAGAUUUACCACCAUCAAUAAAAGUUACAUUCCCAAAUCCAAAUGAUUUUUUCAAUUUUAAUUUGAAAUUAAUUCCACAAGAGGGAUAUUAUAAGAAUGGACAAUUCGAGUUCAAAGUUGAAAUUAAUUUCAAUUUCCCAAUUGACCCACCAAAGAUCAAAUGUUUACAAAAAAUAUACCACCCAAACAUAGAUUUAGAAGGUAAUAUUUGUCUUAACAUUUUAAGAGAAGAUUGGUCACCAGUUUUGAAUUUGAAUGGGGUGUUUAUGGGAUUGAACAUUUUGUUUUUAGAACCAAACCCAAAUGAUCCAUUAAACAAAGAUGCUGCUAAUGUUUUGGUUAAAGACAAAAAACAAUUUGCAAGAAAUGUUUACAACUGCAUGAGAGGUGGAUACCUUGACCUGGUUUACUACGAUCGUGUUAUUUAA